GGCGGCGCUGGGCGAGGGCGAUGGGGCAGGUGAGCUGCAGGGAGCAGUGCCUGUCCCUGUUCGACUACAAGACCGAGAAAUAUGUCAUCGCCAAGAACAAGAAAGUGGGCAUCCUCUACCGGCUGGUGCAGCUGUCCAUCCUGAGUUACCUGGUGGGGUGGGUGUUCCUAGUGAAGAAGGGCUACCAGGACAUUGACACCUCUCUCCAGAGCUCAGUCAUCACCAAGGUGAAGGGCGUGGCCUGGACCAACACCUCAGAGCUGGGGGAGCGCCUCUGGGACGUCGUCGAUUAUGUCAUCCCCCCGCAGGGUGAGAAUGUCUUCUUCGUGAUAACUAACCUGAUCGUGACCCCCAAUCAGCGGCAGUCCACUUGUGCAGAGAGAGUGGACAUCCCUGAUGCCGUCUGCCAGGAGAACAGUGACUGUGUCCCAGGCAAAGCAGUGGUUGCUGGGAAUGGGGUGAAGACUGGCCGCUGCCUGAAACUUGACGAGAACAGUAAGGGCACAUGUGAGAUUAUCGCCUGGUGUCCAGUGGAGAAGAAAUCCAGACCGAAGGAACCGCUUUUGGGAAAGGCUGCCAACUUUACUGUUUACAUAAAGAACUCAAUCAAAUUCCCCAAAUUUAACUUCUCCAAGACCAACUUGCUGAACACAAAGAGUGGUUCGUACCUGAAAUCAUGUCAUUUUGGGCCAGGGAAUCAAUACUGUCCGAUAUUCCGGUUGGGGUCACUGGUCAGUUGGUCCGGGAACAAUUUCCAGCAAAUGGCCCUGGAGGGUGGUGUGAUAGGCGUUCAGAUUGAGUGGGACUGUGACCUGGAUAAAGCAUCCUCAGAGUGCAACCCUCACUAUUCAUUUAGCCGCCUGGACAACAAGUUUGCAGAGAAGUCCAUCUCCUCUGGAUACAACUUCAGGUAUGCCAAAUACUACCGGGACGACAGAGGGGUGGAGUUCCGCACCCUGAUUAAGGCCUACGGGAUCCGCUUUGACAUAAUGGUGAAUGGCAAGGCAGGAAAGUUUAACAUCAUCCCCACAGUCAUCAACUUGGCCUCAGGAGUGGCUCUCAUGGGGGCGGGGGCAUUUUUCUGUGAUCUGGUACUGAUCUACCUAAUCAAAAAAAGCCAUUUUUACCGGGGGAAGAAGUACGAGACCGUGAAAGGGAGAGAAGCCAAUGUCGAGCUGGAGAACCAGUCGUCCUCCGUGACCUGCAGCCAGCCCCCGUCUGUACUCGGAAGCAAUGGGGAGACCAAGGACCUGGCUGCCUUGGAGGCUGAGAUGGAUCGUGAGAUGGGGGUUCCCAGAGGCUUGGGGACAGAGGGUCCACCCAAGUUGGUACCGUUGCCCAGGAAACGGAACAAUUAUGCGGACCGGACCGAGGAGCAAGAGUCACAGCUGGAUCCACAGGACCAAAGGGAGCGUGAGAGAAUGUGUUGGAAAGCAAGCAGCAUGUCGAGCAUGGUCCCUGACAGCAGCGUGGGCAGGAAGGGGGACAGCUAUGCCAUGGGGUCCAACUCCAAGAAAUCCUUGACAGUCCGUUCGGCAAAUGAACAGAAUUCCAACCCUCUACCCAUAGGGGAGCAACUGAGACAGCUGCAGACUGUGGAGACCUAACCCAAGGCAAGACGAAGGAAAGAAAGGACUGUUGCCCCCCAGCAACAGGACCUGGAGGCAGAGCCUCCCAGUAUUGGGCUGGUUGCCCCAUUUGGCCAAGACAAAGGGGACCUUUUCAAGCUCUUUGGAGAGCACUUUCAGCUAACAUCCUCUCACCCCUUGGUCUGAGACCUUCCCUAGGGUCCUGAGAGGUAAAUGUUGCUUUGGUUUUGUUGGGUUUUUUUUUAAUCACUGCAAGUUGUUCAUCAAAUGAAGGAAAGCUUGCAAAUGGAUUUGAGAAGCCAUGUUGCAGGCUUCCUGGCAGUGUGGGACUAGUUGGAGGGAUGUGAGGAACAUUGUAAGAUCCUGGAGUAUUCUGAAGUGGGGAGGGUUGGGAUGGGGAGAAGAUUAGGUUGCUGGGGGGAAGGGGAGAUCUCUAACCUUCUGUACAGUUAUCAAACUUUUCUCUGUAGCUCCCUGUGGGCUAGAACUGAGGCAUUUGCUGCUUAAGUCAGUGGAUUUAAUUCCAGUUCUUCAAUCAAUUGUAUUUACUGAGCGCUUACUGUGUGCAAAGCAGUUGGGAGAGUACAGUAUAACAGAUUUGAUAGACAUGGUCCCUGCCUACAAUAAGUUUACAAGUCUAGAGGCCAGGAAGAGAAGCUCCUUGGGACCCGAUCACCUGUCAGUGGGGAGGAAUCAGUUCUCAAGGUCAGCAGCAGUUGGAGGGUUCUGGCAUUUUCCUCUCUUGGAAACUGAGGGAGGAUGGGGCUUCGACUUCCUUGAGCAGGAGGCUUAGGGAGGUGCAGCAUAUGAUCUGCCUUAAAAUGCCUUAAAAAUGGGCAGGCAACUAGAACAGUCUAUUUGGAACCAUUUAGGUGAACCCUGCAUGGAGGCAGGGGGAUGAACCAGAUGACCCUGAUUGCUACCUCCCACCCCUCACAUUCUCAGUUCUUCCCCCGAGCUGGAGAACUGAAUAGCCUGGGUUCUGCUUUAAUGGUACAAGGCUUCCUUAUGGUGUGCAAGAAUGAGCACUCAGGUCAUGUUCUACAAUGUGUGUGUGCAUGUACAUGUAAGCCUGUAUGAUUACCUCUGUGUUCUCUGCGGGUGGUUUUACAUAUUCAGCCACAUUUACAAUUCAGGGAGGAGAGUUAAUCAACCCUCCACUGGAAAUUGUUCAACAAAAUAUGAUGUCAGUGAGAGAAGAGCCUGCAGCACUAAACCGUUCCGCCAACUCACCUUACCAAUGAUAAAGCCAAAGGAAACUCAACUGUGUGAUGAACAUUUUCAACAAACUGCCUUCCUAUUCAAAAGGACAAGUUCAGCAUACCUGCUGAAUGCUACUUCCUGACCAGUGAAAAGAACAGGUUUUGCUGUCAAAAACUGCUUUAAAGUUAAGGUGCUGAUAUCGCCUCUGUGCCAGGUUCUCAAUAGCUUAACAAAAUGUCCUUAGUGUUUGUUUUGGGACAAACUCCAAAUUAAUGUAACUUCUGUCUUUGGAAAAAAAUUUUUCCCCCACUCCUUCUACUGUUUUAGACCACAGUUAGCUUUCUUCCGAACUUGUGGGAAUGCUAAUCCAAACUGAUUGGACCAAAACCACAAGUACUGGAUUCCUGUCAUCCUUAUAUUGUGCUAAAAGGUUUAUUUGUCCCAAAUUUAUCUCUUGCCCAAAACAGACAACAGGAAAAUUAAGAGGAUGGAAAUGACAAAGCAAGGUAUCUUUUAAGAUAAUCUAAUUUUUUUGUGAAUAUUUAACACAUCUUUGUGAUGAUCGCUCACAGUAGCUAAUGGUCCUGUGCAUUUGGCCAAGAUCAGCGAGGCUAAUGCCAGGCCUCCGUAAGAAAGGGUUGGGAUCGAGGGUCAAUUCAACAAUGCCAACAAGUGUUUCAUUUUCCAGCCUUCUAUCAACCACCGUGGAUUUACAGGGGGGAACCAAUCUCUGCUGCUUCAGCUCAGGCACGUGCCACCUUUCAUUAAAUUCUUGUGGGUCCUUCACACAUGGUGCUGUAGGCAAACCAAUUCACUAUCUUAGGACAGCUUUCAGCCUCUUUUCAAAACGGUGUUGACAUGCCACCAUCGUAACUGCUCAAAAAGGCUGUCACAUGGAGAUACGAAACCAGUUCUGCUCCGAGCGCCACAAAGCUCCAGAGUGACGUCCCCUUCCCCCCCGCCCUCGAUGUUUAUGAACUGUCACUCUGCCCAAGAUUUCUUCUACAGUAGCAUGACUUUUCCCUAGGUCUGCCUGGGACUGUAAUCUCCUCAUCCAUUGAGACUUAAUAAAAUUAUUUUUUUAAAAGUUU